AUGUCUUUAUUUCUUUUUGGAAUUCGCGACGGCGAUUCGAUCACUAUGGAUCCGGUUGAUCCUUUCUCCGGUGACCCAAUCUUUGACGAUGCCUUAGGGUUAUCGUCAUUUAGGAGGAAUGCUGAUCGUGACUGGAAUACACCCAGGAAAAAUGGUUUCAUUGUUCCUAAUUUUAAGUUUACCGAAAAAAAUGCCGACAUCGAUGUCCGCGGUUUAAAUAAUGGGACUGUUGUUCAUGUCGAGCCACCCCGUAACUCAAGAGAAAAUGUUAACGUGAAUGGUAAAGAUGAUAUGGAUGAUACUGCGACUGGAUACAUUCGCGAAAGUCGUUCCAUGCUUCUCGCCCAAUUGCCUGCCGAAUUUAACUCAGAAAAAACUCCAAUGAAAAUCUACGAAAAUGCCAUUCUUGAAGUACAGGAAGGAAUAUCCAUUGAUCCAAUUGCAAAUCCGCCCACAGUAAGAGUCUAUAACUAUAAUUCCAAUACUAGUAGUGUCAUUUGGCAAGAGUUUGUGAAUCCUCAAACAGUUACUUCACAAGUUCUUACUGGAUUUGUAAUGAGUAUGCAAGACAUUCUUUGA